UAGAACACUCGAACAGCAGCAGCAGCGAACAUCAUUAUCUCCGCCACCAGUCCGCCUCCGGCCUCCGGCCUCCGCCCUCCUCCGCCUCCGGCUCCGGCUCCGGCUCCUGAUUAUCAUCAUCUCAGUUCGAUUUCCGGCAUUAUCAGUUAUGCAGAAGAAUAUUUCAAGUUUCUUUCAAAGGCAACCACCACCUAACAUUGAAUCGUCAUCUUCAACUAGUAAACCCUUGAAAAUCGUUUUGGAUGAUCUUCCGUGGGAUCCUUCCGAAAGGAAACCAAUUUCAUCUUAUCACCCUAGUCAAAAAGAUGAAAUUAGACGAACAAAGGUAUCGACUUGAAGGCUUUGACUCACUUUUAAAAGAUGUCACAUCCUUUUGUGACAAGUAUGAUAUUGAGAUGAUUAACAUGGAAGAUGAGUAUGUUGACCCGAAAAACAGAAGAAGAAAGACCAAUAUCACCAAUCGUCAUCAUUUUGUGGUCAAUAAUUUCAACACGGUUCUCGACAUGCAAAUUCAAGAGCUUGGAAACCGUUUUAACGAGGUAACCACUAACUUGCUUACGUGUAUGAGUUCUUUGAGCCCGCGUGAUAAUUUUAGUUCCUUUAAUAAACUAAACUUGCUAAAGUUGGCCGAAAUGUAUCCGUAUGAUUUUACUUUUGAUGAAAAAGAUAAGCUUAUCGAUGAACUCGGCCACUACAUUUCUAAUAUGAAAAGAGAUAGUCGGUUUGAUAACCUGAAUGGGGUUAGUGAUCUUGCCAAAAGGAUGGUGGAAACAAGGAAACACAUUGAGUAUCAGUUGGUCUAUCGUUUAAUAAAGUUGUCACUAGUUUUACCGGUUGCAACGGCUAGUGUUGAAAGGAGUUUUUCUUCAAUGAAGCUUGUGAAGACAGAAUUGCGUAAUAGGAUGGGUGAUGGAUACAUGAACGAUUCUUGCAUUUGUUACAUUGAAAAGGAGUUCUUACAACAAGUUUCCGUUGAGAGUGUAAUGCAACGUUUUCAAAAGAUGAAAACCCGUCGUCAACAACUUUAGGUAGUUUUUUUAUUUGUAAAGACUAUCGUAUUUUAUAUUGUGUUUUUAAAUUUCUAAUGACGAUUUUCUUUUCAUC